AUGCCUAUUAUGCCAGGGCCGCGACCAUUCAUUCUAUUCUUCAAUCCAGUCAGACAUGCAGUACCGUUCUAUCAGCAGUUACAAAAGGUAGCGCGAACCGAAGUCGUCACGAGCAAGAGUAGAGAGGAGUUCUACUCCGAUCUACAAAGAAAAUACAAAGACAUCUCAAUCAUCUACAGAACAUCAGCGAGCGGUGCAGUAGCUGGAAACUUCGACGCAGACUUGAUCCAGCGCCUCCCCUCUAGCUGCAAGCAUAUCUGCCACAACGGUGCCGGCUAUGACCAGAUCGACGUGAACGCAUGUGCAAAACGCGGAAUCAUCGUGACCUACGCACCGGACCCUGUCACCGAAGCGACAGCCGAUCUUUCAAUCUGGCUGAUGUUGGGUGCUCUGCGACAAUUGAAUCCAUCUCUCAACUCUCUACGAGCUGGGAAGUUCAAAACCGGACUUGACUUCGGCCACGACCCCCAAGGCAAAAUCUUGGGUAUCCUCGGCAUGGGCCGUAUCGGACGCGCGAUCAAGAAGCGGGCCGAACCGUUCGCGGCCGGUGCUGAGUAUGUCUCUUUCGAAAGGUUGCUGGCCGAGAGCGACAUCAUUAGCAUUAAUGUUCCUCUUAACGCGCAAACUAAAGGGCUCAUUGGGGAGAAAGAAAUCUCACAGAUGAAGGACGGGGCUGUCAUUGUUAAUACCGCUCGUGGCGCGAUUAUAGAUGAGGCUGCGAUGGCAAAGGCGCUGGAUUCGGGGAAGAUCGCUUCCGUGGGACUAGAUGUAUAUGAGAAUGAACCGCGCGUGAACGAGUGCUUGCUACAGAAUGACCGUGCCUUGAUGGUGCCCCAUCUUGGAACUCAUACUGUUGAGACGUUGGCGAAAAUGGAAACGUGGGCAAUGGAGAAUGCGAGAAGAGCGGCGCUUGGGGAGAAGUUACUCUCGCCUGUUCCAGAGCAUAUUGAUUUCCAAUAA